AUGAUUUGUCGGUCAGUCACUUCAUGUUUGUUAAAAUGUUUAGAUGAUUGGGGUUCACAAAUCGAUAACAAGAAUCCUGUUGACGUCAUCUACUUGGACUUUGAAAAAGCCUUUGAUCGGGUACCGCAUCUUCGUUUAAUUACUAAAUUAGAUAAUUUUGGGAUUCGAGGCCCAUUAUUGAAAUGGAUCAGAUCAUUUCUUCAUGGUCGUAAGUUUUACGUCAGAGUGGGCGAUUCGGUAUCCUCUGAACGGGUGGUUGUGUCUGGUGUCCCGCAGGGUUCUGUAUUGGGACCACCGCUUUUCAUCCUCUACAUAUCGGACUUACCUCAUUUAAUUUCAUCAAAUCAUGCUUUCUAUGCUGAUGACUGUAAACUGUAUGCCAAUCCUAUUCUAAAUUAUCGAGAACUGCAAACGGAUUUAAAUACUGUCUACCGCUGGUGCUUAGACUGUUUGAUUCCGUUGAAUAACGGCAAGUGUAAAGUAUUGCACUUGGGUUCCUCUGAUAAUUCUUUGAGAUUCCGUAUGAGUACAUUUAUCUUUUUGAUUCGAUCUUCGGCUGUCAUGAGUGGACAUAAACAAACUCAACCACCAAUCCCUGAACGCAAGAACAAAAUUCGCAAAUUGCAAAUAUCAUUGCGCUUGUCAGACAUUGCAAACAACUUGUACAGAACAAUACGCCAUAAAAAUCGCCAAUUGCAAUUAUUUUCAUCCGAAAUUGUAUCCAAACUAAAACAGCUGCAAACGAAACGCAGACAAUAUAAAACCUCAAAAAACGCCUUCACAAACAGCUGCAACAGGGUAACAACAUGUAACGAUGACGACAUGGGAACCAUGACGCAAGUUGAAAAAACCCGAAGAUAUACAACACAGUAA